CGCAGCUGCUUUCUAGCACGAGCUGCAUCCCAUCAACACCAGCUGCCUCGGAUUCGAACACACCAGUGUCAAACCACCGACACAGAGGAAGAACACACUGAAAACGCCAAAGCCUAACCUGGACGACACUGGGCCAAAUGUACGCCGCCCUAUGGGACUCCCAAUCACAGCCGGAUGUGAUGCAGCUUGGAUUCAAACCAGGGACUGUAGUGAUGCCUCUGGCUGCGCCACUCGGGAGCCCAAAAUGGCAUUUUAAUUAGUGGCAGCUUUACUCCUUUUUAGAGGUUACGAAAGACUGGACCCCCCCAAAAAACUGGACCUCUGCUUCUGUAUGGAAAAAUCCCCCUUGCACGAAGAAACCGGAGCCAAACCGGUAGGACAACCAACUGUGUGGAGCAACACAGCAGACACACCACCAUGUUCAGCCUGAUCAAAAAGGACAAGGAGAAGGAUGGAGGGAAGAAGGAGAAGGAUAAGAAGGACAAGAAGGAGAGGAUGUCUGCGGCGGAGCUGUGCAGCCUGGAGGAGAUGAGUAUGAGGCGUGGCUUCUUCAAUCUCAAGAGGGAGUCCAAGCGGGAUUCCAAGAACAAGCUGGAGAUCUCCAACCCCAUCCCCAUCAAGGUGGCCAGCAGCCACGAGCUCAGCCUCACUGACAUCGAGUCAGACGGCUUGAGCAACCGCAGUAGCAUGGUGCUGGACGCAGACGGCCUGAGCGCUGCCAGCUCCACCGACGACCUAAAGGGUGAUGGGGGUGGCGGUAUGGACAAGGACCGGGGCUCGGUACGAGACCGCGUGGCCCACUUUGGCUCGAUGGCCAAGCACAACUCCUCUCAGGUCAUGAAGCGUUUCUCCUUCUCUCAGAGGAGCAAAGAGGAGAGCCCCUCAGAAACCUCCACACCCUCGGGACAGAACUCAGCCACUCCGUCCCCACAGGUGGAGAACAAGGUGUUCGAACCGCAGCACAAGCACAGCCUCCAGCAGCCUGGGCCGGGGGUCGGGCCAGCACCUUGGCCAGUACAGGUCAAGAAGGCCCGCAUCCCUGAGGUGGUGGACAAGACCUUCUCUGCUGACAUGAGGCUCCCGGCCGUCAUCCCUCCACAGUCUCCGGAGCCACGGGAGCUGGAGCUCCAGCGCCGCAACACGGGUGACUUCGGCUUCUCCCUGCGCCGCACCACCAUGCUGGACCGCGGAGCAGAUGGCGGGGUCUACCGGAGGGUGGUGCACUUUGCUGAGCCCGGGGCCGGCGCUAAGGACCUGGCCCUGGGGCUGGUGCCGGGAGACCGUCUGGUGGAGAUCAACAGGGGAAACGUGGAGAACAAGACCCGGGACGAGAUUGUGGAGAUGAUCCGUCAGUCUGGGGACACGGUGAGGCUGAAGGUGCAGGCCAUCCUGGAGCUAAGUGAGCUGAGCCGCUGCUGGCUGAGGAACACAGACGGCCUGCGACGGGACGCCUUGGAUGGACAGGUGGACAAGGAUCCCGUGGCCAUCCUUCAGGUGUCUCACGCCGCUGCCCAACAACCCAAGGUGAAGACAGAGGAGCAGAUAGCCGCAGAGCAGGCAUGGUACGGCUCAGAGAAGGUCUGGCUGGUCCACAAGGAUGGCUUCUCCCUGGCGACGCUGCUGAAGACGGAGGCAGGCUCUCUGCCGGAGGGGAAGGUGAAGAUCAAACUGGAACAUGACGGGACAGUACUGGACGUAGAUGACGAUGACGUGGAGAAGGCGAACCCCCCGUCGUUUGACCGCUCUGAGGACCUGGCCUUGCUGCAGUACCUCAAUGAGUCCAGUGUGAUGCACUCCCUGCGGCAGCGCUACGGGGGAAACCUCAUCCACACACAUGCCGGGCCCAACAUGAUCAUCAUCAAUCCCCUCAGCGCUCCCUCCAUGUACUCCGAGAAGGUGAUGCACAUGUUUAAGGGGUGCAGGCGAGAGGACACGGCACCUCACAUCUACGCGGUGGCUCAGUCGGCCUACAGGAACCUGUUGACCACGCGUCAGGACCAGUCCAUCGUGCUGCUGGGGAAGAGCGGCAGCGGCAAGACCACCAACUGUCAACACCUGGUCCAGUACCUGGUCUCCAUCGCUGGCAGCACCGGAAAGAUCUUCUCUGGGGAGAAGUGGCAGGCAGUAUACACUAUCCUGGAAGCAUUUGGAAACAGCUCCACCUCCAUGAACACCAAUGCUAGCUGCUUCUCUCAGAUUGUCUCUCUGGACUUUGACCAGGCUGGCCAGGUGGCCUCCGCAUCCAUACAGACCAUGCUGCUUGAGAAGCUGAGAGUGACCAAACGGCCGGAGACUGAGUCCACCUUCAACGUGUUCUACUACAUGAUGUCCGGAGCUGACAGCACUCUCAGAACGGAGCUGCACUUUAACCACUUUGCAGAGAACAGCGACUUCGGAAUUGUGCCUCAGUCUAAACUGGAGGACAAACAGAAGUCGUCUCAGCAGUUCACCAAGCUGCAGGCAGCCAUGAAGGUGCUGGGUAUCUCAGUGGAGGAGCAGAGGGCUCUGUGGCUUAUUCUGGGGACCAUCUACCACCUGGGGGCUGCAGGGGCCACCAAAGCUGGCCGUAAGCAGUUUGCCCGUCAUGAGUGGGCCCAGAAGGCUGCCUACCUGCUGGGCUGCACCCUGGAGGAGCUCUCCUCGUCCGUCUUCAAGCACCAGGUCAAGGGUGCCCUGCAGAGGUCCACCUCCUUUCGCGGGGGGCCCGACGAGGCCGGGGCAGGAGACAGCUCAGUCUCUAAAAUCACAGCCCUGGAAUGUCUGGAGGCCAUGGCUUCAGGCCUGUACUCAGAGCUCUUCACCCUCGUUAUCUCCCUCAUUAACAGAGCUCUGAAGUCCAGUCAGCACUCUCUGUGCUCUCUGCUCAUCGUGGACACACCGGGUUUCCAGAACCCUCGCAUGGCCAAGCGCCAGCGCGGUGCCACCUUUGAGGAGCUGUGCCACAACUACGCCCAGGAGCGCCUGCAGACCCUGUUCCACGAACGCACCUUUGUACAGGAGCUGGAAAGAUAUAAGGAGGAAAACAUAGAGCUUGCAUUAGAUGACAUAGGGUCCAGUACCUCAAUGUCUGUAGCAGCUAUAGACCAAGCAUCAACCCAAGUGCUGGUGCGCACCUUGGCGAGGACAGAUGAGGCUCGAGGUCUGCUGUGGCUGAUGGAGGAGGAGGCUGUGCAGCCAGGGGGCUCUGAGGACACUCUGCUGGAGAGACUCUUCAGCUACUAUGGCCCCGACCAGGGGGACAACAAGGGACACGCCCUGCUCCUGAAGAGUGACAAGCCGCAUCACUUCCUGUUGGGCCACAGCCACGGGACAGACUGGGUGGAGUACGAUGCUCAGGGUUGGCUGAGCCACGCCAAGCAGAACCCCGCCUCCCAGAACGCUGCCACUCUGCUGCAGGACUCACAGAAGAAGAACAUCAGCAGUCUGUUCUCUAGUCGUAGUGGAGGGCCCACAGUGCUGUCUGGCUCCAUCGCAGGGCUGGAGGGGGGAUCUCAGCUUGCCCUCCGCAGAGCCACUAGCAUGAGGAAGACCUUCACCACUGGCAUGGCCGCUGUCAAGAAGAAGAGCCUCUGUAUCCAGAUCAAACUGCAAGUGGAUGCUCUGCUGGACACGGUGCGCAGGUCCAGGGUUCACUUUGUCCACUGCCUGCUGCCCAAGGCAGACGCGGUGGGAGUUGGCAUGGAGCCGCGCGUGACCCAUGGAGAGAGCUGCGACUCAGGCCUCAUGCAGCUGGAUGUGGGCCUCCUGAGGGCUCAACUCCGUGGAUCUAAGCUUAUCGACGCCUUGCGCAUCUACAGACAAGGAUACCCUGAUCACAUGGUGUUCUCUGAGUUCAGACGGCGCUUUGACGUGCUGGUGCCCCACCUGACCAAAAAGCACGGACGCCACUACAUGGUCACAGACGAGAAGAGGGCUGUGGAGGAGCUGUUGAAGUCUCUGGACUUGGAGAACAGCAGUUACCACAUGGGCCUGAGCAGGGUGUUCUUCAGAGCGGGGAACCUGGCCAAACUGGAGGAGCAGAGAGAUGUCCAGACCAGACGCAACAUCACCAUGUUCCAGGCUUCCUGCAGAGGAUACCUGGCCAGACAGGCUUUCAAGAAGAGGAAGAUCCAGGACCUGGCUAUCCGCUGCAUCCAGAAGAACAUCAAGAAGAACAAGGGAGUGAAGGGCUGGGCCUGGUGGAAGGUGUUCACCACAGUACGCCCCCUUAUAGAGGUCCAUCUCACAGAGGAGCAGAUACGUGGCAAAGACGAGGAGAUCCAGCAGCUGAAAGGGAGGCUGGAGAAGGUGGACAAGGAGAGGAACGAGCUGAGACUCAACAGUGACCGCCUGGAGAGCAGGAUCACAGAGCUGUCGUCGGAGCUGGCAGACGAGAGGAACACAGGAGAGUCGGCCUCUCAGCUGCUGGAGUCUGAGACCUCAGAGAGACUGAGACUGGAGAAAGACAUGAAGGACCUGCAGACUAAGUUUGACUCGAUGAAGAAGUCUAUGGACUCUAUGGAGAUGGAGGUGAUGGAGACCAGACUCCUCAGAGCCUCUGAGCUCAAUGGAGAGAUGGACGAUGACGACACAGGGGGUGAGUGGAGACUGAAGUAUGACAGGGCCAUCAGAGAGAUAGAGUUCACCAAGAAGAGGUUACAGCAGGAGUUUAAUGACAAGCUGGAGGUGGAGCAGCAGAACAAACGGCAGCUGGAGAGGAGGCUAAGUGACCUCCAGGCAGACAGUGAGGAGGUGCAGCGUACGGCCCAGCAGCUGAAGAAGAAGUGUCAGAGAUUGACGGCUGAGCUACAGGACACCAAGCUACACCUGGAGGGCCAGCAGAGCCGCAACCAUGACCUGGAGAAGAAACAGAGGAAGUUUGACUCGGAGCAGAGCCUGUCUCAGGAGGAGGUCCAGAGGGAGAAGAAUCUUAGAGAGAAGCUGAGCAGAGAGAAGGACAUGCUGACUGGAGAAGUGUUCAGCCUGCGACAGCAACUGGAGGGCAAGGACCUGGAGAUGUGUGCACAGAACGUGAAGUUAGAACAGCUGGAGGCGGAGCUGCUGGACCUUUCGUCCCAGGAGACCAAGGACGAGGCAUCACUGUCCAAGGUGAAGAAGACGAUGCGUGACCUGGAGGCCAAGGUCAAAGACCAGGAAGAGGAGCUGGAUGAACAGGCCGGAACUAUACAGAUGCUGGAGCAGGCUAAGCUGCGUCUGGAGAUGGAGACAGAGAGACUGCGCCAGACACACUCCAAGGAGAUUGAGAGUAAAGACGAGGAGGUGGAGGAGAUCAGACAGUCCUGCAGUAAGAAGCUGAAGCAGAUAGAAGUCCAGCUGGAGGAGGAGUUUAAUGACAAACAGAAGGUCCUACGUGAGAGGAGAGAACUGGAGACCAAGCUGCUGUCGGCCCAGGACCAGGUGAACCCCAGAGACGUGGAGACAGAGAAGAGGCUGAGGAAGGAUCUGAAGCGCACCAAGGCCCUGCUGGCCGACGCCCAGAUCAUGCUGGACCACAUGAAGAACAACGCCCCCAGCAAGAGAGAGAUCGCCCAGCUCAAAAACCAGCUGGAGGAGUCAGAGUUCACCUGUGCGGCAGCAGUGAAGGCCCGUAAAUCUAUGGAGGUGGAGAUUGAGGACUUGCAUGUGCAGAUGGACGACAUCUCCAAAGCCAAACAGGCUCUGGAAGAGCAGUUGAGCAGGCUGCUGAGGGAGAAGAAUGAUCUUCAGUCUCGUAUGGAGGAGGACCAGGAGGAUAUGAACGAGCUCAUGAAGAAGCACAAGUCAGCUGUCGUCCAGUCAACCCAGAACCUAGCCCAGAUCUCUGACCUACAAGCCCAGCUGGAGGAGGCCCUCAAGGAGAAGCAGGAUGUCCAGGAGAAGCUCUCGGCACUGCAGAGCCAGCUGGAGUUCCAGGAGGCGUCUAUGGUCGAGAAGUCCCUGGUCAGCAGGCAGGAGGCCAAGAUCCGAGAGAUGGAGACCAAGAUGGAGUUUGAGAAAACACAGGUCAAACGCUUGGAGAGCCUGGUGGCCCGUCUGAAGGAGAACCUUGAGAAGCUAACAGAGGAGCGGGAUCACCGCAGCACCAGCGAGACCCGGGAGAAGGAGCAGAACAAGCGGCUCCAGAGACAGAUCAGAGAUAUCAAGGAGGAGAUGGGAGAACUGGCCAAGAAGGAGGGAGAGGCCAGCCGCAAGAAACAUGAGCUGGAAAUGGAUAUUGAAAGCUUGGAGGCAGCCAAUCAGAGCCUGCAGGCGGACCUUAAACUAGCCUUCAAGAGGAUUGGUGACCUCCAGGCCGCCAUCGAGGACGAGAUGGAGAGUGACGGCAACGAGGACCUCAUCAGCAGUUUACAAGACAUGGUGACAAAGUAUCAGAAAAGAAGGAACAAAACUGAGGGAGACUCAUCUGACUUGGAGAUUGAAGACUGUGUGGACGGGGUCAAGUCCUGGCUGUCCAAAAACAAGGGAUCUACCAAGAACCUCUCAGAUGACGGCAGCUUCAAGAGCUCCAGUCCUCCUAGCCGAAGACUUUUCUGCUCGGACAAAUCUGAGGAAGAAGAAGAGGAAGAACAAAAAGAAGGUGGUGCGUCUCGAGGGUCCUACCGCUCCAGAUAUACACGAGGCAGCUACCUGAACAACAGUGACAGUGAAGACAAGCCCUCUGAGACAACGUAGUUAACACACACACCAGCCAACACAGGCUGCCUGUUGAGAGGGCCCCAGUGGUGCAUGAUUGGACUCACUGUGCUGUUAUCACACACGUUCACACACUCACAACCACUCUGUUCUUCUAACCCUGCAACAUGGCAAUGAUACUAUGACUGUCAUUUAUUAUUCUACUAUUACAAAACAGCUUGCAUUGCUAAGGUCUAGAGAAGGUGCCAUAGUACAUCAACACCAAUGGUUUCUCUCACUCCACUCCACUGGGCCAACCCUGUCUUAAUGUAUUUCACCAGUCACAUGUGACUGUGUCUCCCCAUCUUGGAUCUGGCCCCUCCAGUUGAACAGCACCUCCAUCAAUAAUGACUUGUCUUUCUUGUCUCUGCUAGCUGCAUGAGGACAGCUGCUGCUUGGCUGGAGCCAUCGUCUCCUCCUUCCUAGAUUUGAUCAUGAUCAUGGUUGUAACUGAGCCAAGGAACUGUAGCUAUGUUCCCUGAUGUUUUAUCACUGCAUUGGGAGACAAGAAAGAAAAAAAAACAAGAAGAAAAGAGGGAGAAAAUAAAUACCAAAAAAAGCCUUUGUUGCAACUAGGUGUGUACACUGUGUUAUUUCUUCUUUGCUCGUCCUGGUACAAAAAGACCAGAGUUUAUUUUUGUGAGAUAUAAGUAGGGUCCUCUACAGCUGGCACCCACACAGCUGUGCUUAGAUUCUGUCUGCAGUGCCACGCUGCGCCACACUGAACAAAGACGCUUUCAUCGGCUCAUCUGCUUGUUUUUUAUUACUUGUUUUUGCAGGAUAAUAAUGUUUCCUAACGGGAACACAACAGAAGAGAGCUGCAGCACCAAACUGCUUGUGAUGAAACUUUAGUCCUUCUUUUUUUAAUCUUUUUGUUUUGAUGUUUGAAAUAAAAUUAGAAUUUGUUUUCAAGAGUGCUGCCAUCAAGGACAUGAUUUCCAGGAGGUUUGAGUGUAGUGUACCCUAUGAAAUGCUUUGUCUCAUUUGAUUUCAACUUGAAAUGAACGAAGUACUUUGCAGAAAUGCUUUUGGGGGAGGGUCUUUGGCUCAGCUGUUUUUUUCUCUCUGUCAUUGUGGUUGUUGUUGUUCUAAUGCUUUUCACUUUUUUUCUCUCCAUUUGAUGUGCUUUGCUUUCCAAAGGGAAUGAUAUUCAACACCAUACUCUAUGGUGGUUUGUCUGUAGUUUAUAUCUCCUUCAACACCCACAUUUGGACCAUACCAUACUGGAUUACACAUGGUGAGGAUUAGGUGUCCUCAACCAGCAUGUUAAAUCCACCACUCUGUAAACUGGAUAUAAUGCAUUCAAAUCCUUUUCAGUGUUUCUGAAGCCUAUUUGUCAUGUAGGAUUCAUCAGUAUUCUGUCCUGAACCAAUGCUACCAUUUAUAACAGCGCAACAGUUUAACCAGGAAGAUAUUAAAGACCCACGCUUUUACGGUUGCUUGGUGUUACAAUGAACCCUUUGGCUGUCUCUUUAGUAUUUAUGAAUUAGCAUUAAUGAAUUGAGCAGGCCUGCCAAAAUGUGUAUUAUCCACCUGUACAUGGCAAGUGGGGCCGAAAGGAUUUUGUUGAUACUCUGCGUGAAGGGAUAAGUUUGGUGUGAUUGUAUUACACAUGAUUUUUAAAGACACUCGUCUAUCACAUCCCCUUGUUCUCUAUGCCAGGGCUUCCCAAACUCGGUCCUGCCCCUCCGCCGGGUGCAUGUUUUGGUGUUUGCCCCAGCACAACACAGCGGAUUGAGCUAAUCAAAGCUUGAUGAUGAGUUGGUGAUUUGAAUCCACUGUGUAGUGCAGGGGAAACACUAAACCAGGACCGGGUGUGGGAAACCCUGCUCUAUGCAGUCAACGUGACUGUUUUAUGAUGUCGUUAUAUGAUACUCUUAAACCUGAGUCAUCAUAAAACACCUGGGGGAAAAAUGAAAAAGAAAUUAGUGAACAUAACAUUGCGGACUGUACACAUUAAUAU